AUGGUGACGUCGAUUUCCGAAGUGAUCGUGGUGGUGCGAAGUGACGUGCUCGACGUCUUCCGUUUACUUGAAGCGUGGUGGCAAGGUCUACUGUUUAUCGCCAGACUGGUGAUUUCAUACUGUCGGUUCCUACAGCAGACAGCAUACGAGCUGAAGUUGCCUGUGACGGCAAUGAUGGCGCCCAGCGUUUUCCAGAGGACGAAAUCGCCGCGUUCUUCACCAGGAAACUUGGCAAGGCAACUACAGAACGGCACAGAAGCUUCCGCGCAUUCGGAUCCAACAGCUGACUCGAGCCCUGGCAACUCCAUAUCGGAUGCUGAAAACUUCGAGUGCUAUGGAGAGGGGGACAAUGAUACUCCCAUUAACACGUUAGAGAACGGAUCUAGAAGUCCUGGUAAUCCUUUGAACCGACAUUCUUGGACACGGACCAGUCUUAGGCGAACACCACCUAGCCAUCAGGAGAAUCUGCCGCAUCGGAGAUGGGGCUCCAUGAGACACUCUGGGAAACGACAAAUCGGCUCCAAUGUCUUAGCUAGCCAAUUAUACCGGUCGUCGUCAUUCAACUCUUCUGGCUGUGGCUCCGGAGGGGAGCCAGCCGACGACAUGUACUCUGAUGUGUCAUUGGAAGAAGAUGUCCAAGGUCUUAACUAUAAGGUGCAACUAUUGCAACAGCAAGUAACUUCACUGGCAGAUACGCAAAGUACGGCGGACGAACGCUACGCAAGGGCGAAAGCAGAUAACGCAGUAUUACAAGCGCGUGUUCACAUGCUGGACGAACAGAUUCGAGAGAUCGAGUGCCGAUGUGAGGAAAGCAUAGCCGAGGAGAAGCGACGGAGUCGUGAAGCGAUUUCGCGAGUGGAGCGCGAUCGUGACACGCAAUUAUCCGCUAUCACCGACAGACUUGGCUCUGCUGAAGCUGAAGCAUCGGAGCUUAAACAAGAGGUUGGUCGCCUACGUGGUGUGGCAGAAACCCUCCGAGCUAACGCCGAAGCGGCUGCUCGAGCACAUCGCGAGGCGCAAGAGCAAGUGGCUGAGCUCGCAGCCGCUUUAAGCACUGCUCGAGAAGCUGAGCGAAGGGAACGAGAAGCAGCUGCAGCGGCAGCAGAAAUGUUGGCCUCCGCGAAAAAAGAGCUGCAAAGACUGAGAGAUGUCCCACCGCCUCCGCCAGACCCCCGCCUCGAUGAGUUAAGGAAAGAACUUACUUUACUCCGGACACAGAAUAAAACACUCUCAGAAGCACAAGAGGAGCUUCAGGCGCAGAUAUUAACGCGUGGCGUGGAGGAGGGCCGUAGCCUGCUGGACGGAGUCAGCGGCCCUCUAGUGGCGACCAACUCGCUCGCGCACGAGCUUUCACAGAUGAGUGACGACGAAUUACAGAAAGCGCUAAAAGAACAACAGGAUGUCAAUGUUCAGUUAAGGAAUUAUAUCGACGGAAUCCUGCUAUCGAUUGUUGAAAACUACCCACAAUUACUUGAAGUUAAAUACCAGAAGCAACCAGGAGACACCAGAUCAUAA